CAGCGAGGCGAAUGUCCGAUUUAAGUGGCACACAGCCGGGCACAACGCCUUCUCCGGGCGAAAUUGCCGGGGAAAGACCAGCGGGGGACGUUUCUAUGGAAUUUGGGGGACUUUUACCGGGACUACUGCUGCCUGAAGUGCGGCAAAGAGACUCUGUGAACUUGGAGGAAGACGAUGAUUACAGUUCUGACAGUUCUGCCGGUGGCCCCUCGCAACAGCGACCGCAGCAGCAGUCACCGCAGCAGCAGUCACCGCAGCAGCAGUCACCGCAAGCGCAACACGAGGUACGCCCAGUGAGUCGGCGUAGGCGACCGCCAAGACCGGGUCCCAAUACUGAGGAGCGUGAUAUAAGUAUGAGCAGACGCACUGUCGUUUAUCCGGAGGUGUAUCGUUAUUGUAACAAGCCUUCGCAGAAGAGCGUGUGGAAUCAGGCGCGUGGAUUUUACCCCUUUGGGUAUUUGCAUAUGGACGUAGAGGGCAUGGCGUCUCUGAACUUGGAGGAUUUGGUGAAGUAUAGCUCCGCGGAUGUUCUCUCUAGGGCGUGGCCAUUGCUGCCUGCUAACGCCAAGAACCUAACUUUUGCCCCCUUUUCGCCCCUUCCGGAGAUUCCCGACAUUUUAAAUGUGCGCCAUCCCGACACAGACCAGGUGGCCCGCUUUAUGCGACUUACGGCUGUUGAAAUUACCCGACGUAACACAAUUCCCACUCUCGUUUUCCUCCGAUCCUUGCUUGUGCAGGCAGCUGUUAAUCUGAGGGCGAAGAAGACGGAAGAGGCCUCUCUUGCCGUUAACUCAUACUCCGAGGACCUGCUGCGCCCGAACUGGGAAGAUGAGAGCUCAGAAACUGGUGAAGAACUUGUUGCUGACAGUAGUACUGCGGAUGGCGAAGGAUGGAACCCGAAUGAUGUGGAGAUUCCUUCUAAUGACGCCAAUCACGUGGAUUCUCUUGAUUGGGCCGUGGCCGUUUUGUCUGAUUCGCUGCAGCCCAAAGUACACCUACGAGUCCUUCGCUUGCUGCAUAGAGUUGUGGACCGCUGUGGUCUGAACUCUUCGAGUGUGUCACUUCAGUCGUGGGGGCUGCAGCAGCUGACGCGUAUGCUGCUUCUCCAGGCCGAAAAGGAAACCGCCCCAGAGCGUGGCUCCAGCAACCGUCAAGACGACGCCUGGUUGAGGAGCGCAAUUGCACUUUUGUUUAAGCUCUUUUUGGCCUCCAAAAAACUUGACACGCUUUUAUCUUUGCUUAGGUGGGUCUAUCGCCAUCCAGCGACGGCGGAGGAAUUGCCACUGCAUGGAAUUCAGCCAUGGAUCACCUCCAUACAGGCAUUUGUGCGCCCGCGCAUGCGUCUUUCAUUCCCAUUUUCUCGGGCGAAGUCGUACAUCCCACUGGCCCAUUCACUCGGGCUGGAUUUUUCACGAAGCAUUCUUGGCGUUUGCGUCGUGCUGCACAAUGAUGAACCCCACGGCAUUCUACUGACGAGGAAUGGAAUUUACAAGAUGCCGUUAAAGCCGCCUUACAAUGUUCUUGUCAGGAAUGAAGACAUCCACCUGAAGGACUGUCACGGGGUUUUUCUAGAGAAGGACAAGGUCGCCGUGCAGUCGGAGCGUGCCGGGGUGGUGACCUUUUACGACGUGGAAACGCUACAGGUGCGCCACGUGCUGGACGUCUGCGGUGCCCGGGCGAACGAGGAGUUUCAGGUGUACUACGGAAUGGGAAAAUUCGUGUCACCACAUUUUUUCCACGACGCCCGUGCACCUUUGUUUGCCGGCUUUGACGCAUCGAUGAAAAUAACAGGGACGGUGGAGCCGAGUGUGAUUUACAUUGCACCCACGAUCCAAUCCGUCACUGUUCAGUUCUUUUUGUAUGUCCAGCCAACCUCGCAAAGCACCUCGCUCGAGCUUAUUAGCCUGAGUUUAUCUGGCAGGAACUGGCUUUCUGUACGGAUAGAUGUGGAUGGCGGCAACUCGUGUGUAUGUAUUGUAUUUGAUCACUGCGGUGGUGUGGUGACGGAAAUUCAAGAGGCCAUGCAGGAGGGGUGGGCCCUGUGGAGCGCCACCCUAAUUUCUUCGAACGAGGUAGCCGGCUGGAAUGUCAGCAAGGACGGCGUGCUACUCGAGAGCAGUGGAAGCGAAGACGUUAUGUUUCAACCGGCUGCGCCAGCGGCGGCCUCCAUUCGGUUUUUGGAGGGGUCAUUUAGUGGGUUUAUCUCUGGUUUUCAAAUAUGGCACCGAUCCGAAUCCAUCAGCGAGCUUGUCUCAAGCGACGCCGAAAGCCUUUCUCGCGCGUCAGAGACCAGCCUGUUGUGCUCCUUUAAAAUGAACGAGGGGGCCGGGUGCUGUCUCCGCAGCGCGAACGGGACGCACGUUUGGCGCGGCACCGCCCCAUCUUGGUGUGCGCCGCGGAAGUCUGCCCGCGGAAGAGCUGUGGAGGAAUCAGAGGUGAUCCCGUACCUUCCCGCCCCGGACUACUACGUUGUGACGAAUGAAUGCGAAAUGGCUAUAGUGGAAAAUGGGUUUUGCACGUGGGUAGAUGCGGCGGGACGCAUACUGGAGCAGCGGUUUUUGAAUGUGAGGCCGAGUGAGUUGUACUAUCUCUGCACCUACACCAGCCGAAUGUAUAGCAUUGUUUCUGACAAGAGUGGCCUCUGCAGCCUUCAAUGGGUUCAGACACCAUCGUUUCCGACGAGUUACAUACAUGCUCUCCCAAGCAUGAAGAGUGGUGGCGUCAUGUGUGAGAAAAUACACAUUCUCGCGAAGGAGAGGCGUCCACCGACGCCGCUUCUGUUGUCAAAGUACUUGCUGCACCACAUAUCCACUGCGCUAUUAAACGAUAUGGGAGGUGGCGUGGAUAAGCAUCAUACGGCGCAGUUGUUUCAUUGCAGUGAAGUCUCUCUUCAGACUGUCUCUCGACUUCUUGACAUCUGCGAGGAGUUGAUUGCGGGAAUAGCCUCCUUGGACGUGGAAAACGACUUUCAUUUCCUACUUCUGUCUGUCUGUGGACGCUUGUUGACGCGGCAAAUACGAUGGAUGGGACGGGGGUGUCCGCCGAGGUUGGUUUCUACGGUGGUGGGCAUGUACGAACGACUUUACGAGCACCAAUGCGGUCCUGAAAGUUUCUUAGCCGAAGUUCAGAGAGUCUUUGUGAAGCUUCAUCGCGUGUUUCUCGUUGAAUGUGUGAGUCACGACUAUCAGCUGCGGCGCAUGAUGGAGGCUAGGCGGCUCAAGGAUGUGAAAGACCUGCUUGUUCCGGAGUAUCUGCCCUCAUUGGUGGCGAGCGUCAUUGAGAAGGACUUGAACAAGCCGCUCAUGGAGUUUCUCAAUCGCCUCAAUGAGGAGUGCCUGGCGGAGUCCGAGUGCCUGCUGAAUGGGCAAAAUGCCUCUUUUCGCCCCUCGACGGCAACACUGGCGACGUUGCUGGGUAUUCUUUCACAGAAGAAAAACUCCCAGUGGCAGUUGACCUCGAUUGCCCUCCUCAACUCCCUGUGUAAAGGCAUUUUACGCAUCUUUAGCCGCCUCUUUCCCCCAACGCUGCCGGGAAAGAAGUGGGCAGCUGAAGAGCUGGAUAAGUUGAAGCAAACUUCCAUUGGCACCGUCGUGUUCCCCAUCGCCCACUUUCUCACCGACCUUGACAUUGACACCAGUGUAGCGGUGAAGGUGUUAUACUUGCUCAACGGAACACGAGAGGCACUUGCUGCCUACAUUCCUUCGUCCUCGCCGCAGUCUGUGAGACACUGCUUCACAGAGACGCAUAGAGUUUUUGCGCCGGCAGCAACAACACACUCAACUGCGUUUGACUUGCGCCAUGCUCGGCACAUUGAGGUGGCAUAUGAGGAACCGCACCUGGAGGCACUUCCACAGGUGCAGGUGUCGGUUGUGACAAACGACUUCAAGCGAGUGUCAGAGACACUGGAUGCCGAUCGUGUGGUGUUUGAGUCUGGAGGCAAACUGGAGAUUACCUCGAUACCUACAGGUAAAAACAAGGAUGCCACGCUCACUGUCACUGCCCAGGUUGAAUUACAGACCCAGUCCACGGACUGGAUUCGAGAAAUGUGUUUUGCGUUGAGUCAAGCCAUCCUCCGUAUUACGCAUCAGCUGCUACUCACCGACCUUCCGGACACCAUUCUUCUUUCAAGGGAGAGUCUGUUCCGCGGUGGCCUGUCGCCGGAGGUAUUAAAGCAACACUGUGCCGGCUCGGAUGUGGCAGAGCGCUUGCUAGACACCUCUGAUCAGGCGGAGCUCCUUCAGCUGUGUGAAGGCACAGGCGAGCUUCUUUCGGAAUGGCAGAUAAUGUAUGGCAAGAGGCGAAUACCUUACCAAGAACGUUUGGAACCGCUUUUGCGUUCAUUUUGCGCUUCGCAUGUAUGGCAUUCGCAUCGUCCCAGAAGUGUCCCUCUUGCAAAGUCGUUAGAGGAUGCGCUUGAUUUUAUUCGCAAAAAGGCAUUUCUCAUACUUGAGGCGCUUCAGCAAGGAGGCAUGGAUGCCAUGUUGCAACGGUCCCAGUUUCUGCUAAAAAUGGUGAAUCCGCGUGCCAGGCUGGAGGCGAUUAUUGCCGAAUAUCAACAGACAGAGGAACCGAUUACAAGUGAAUCACGAUCUGUAAGCCGCCGUUUGAUGCCAAAUUUUAGAUCCGUUACAAGUGUUGCUUCUCGCUCCCGCGACUGCACUGGGAGUAGAAGCGUCAGCCUGAAGAAGUGGUUUGGUGCUGGGGCGUCGGACUUGUCAAAUCUUCAGUAUGACACGGCGGGGAGCCUUCUGCGACCGCGUGAUGCUCUCUUGGGUGUUGCCCCCAUAAAUGAGUGGAUGCAGUCGAGCCCUGAAAACACGUCCUCACAGAUCUUGAAUUUCCUUCUUCGUGGACACAAUGGAAUGAGUAACGAGCAGCUUGUACAGGCGCUCGUUAAAAAGGCUCAACAGGCCAUGAUUCAUACAGCCGCAUAUAAGCUCCAGGAGGAAUUGUGUGCCGCCCAUCAAUCGGAUGAGGGUAUGACAUCGGCAAUAGUGAGUUUGCAUCUUCUUUACCGAGAGCUGGCACAUCUGCAGCACCAUGGAGGCAAGAAUGGGGAUCCCGAGGGCGGAACUGGAGGAGGCGCGUCGGCUAACCCAGCUGGAUCCUCUCGGCCCGACUCCAUGGAACAUCACUAUAUUGACUAUAUGAUUGGUUGUGGCUUUGACAGAGAGCUCGAGUUACAGCAUGCCUCAUGCAGUUUUCUCCACUCCGUCAUUCAGCAAAAUUUAUUGCAUCUACCUGAAUCUGGGGCCUGCAGUAAACCAAAGGGUGGUGUUGAACCCAUCUCCCUCUGUGCGAUGCUUUGCCAUCCAUGGGACAAUGUGGAUAUGUCCAUCAUUCGCCCCGCAAAUGUUUUUAGGGUUUUAAAAAAAUAUAUGUUUUUGGGCCUUGAUGAUAGUUCAGUCACUGCACUGGAAACAUCUGCCGAAAAUGACAUCUGGCUUGACUUUUUAAAGGAGUGUGGUAUUUUCAGCCUACUUUGCCGAGCCGUCGUCAUUCCCAAUUCACUGCAGUCUGUCGAGCGGGUCAGCAUUGUGGAGGGGGACACCAUUGGAGUUCAGGUGGAGGAUAUGGAUGUUUGUUGCUUGGCACGUAAUACGUGGAGAGCUCUCAAGAUCGAGACGUACUUGAAGCGCACACCCAACGAAAUUGAUUCAUUUCCAGGACUAUCAAGUGGAUGCCUUGUGACAGAGAUGCCACAUGCUCUUUAUUUUGAGGUGCAGUUGGAAAUUAUCUUUAAAGAAGGGCUUUUGGUGUCCAUUGGAAUUACAAGUUCUCCAUUUGCAACCACCAUGCCUGUUGCAAAGGAGAAUGCUGUGGUGUUCUCCUCAGAUGGCACGGUUUCCUAUGGAAGAUCCACUCUUCAAUUUAGCACGAGUUGGUUAGCUGGAGAUGUGAUUGGCUGUGGCGUCAUGGCACCUUUUAACUCUGUCUUCUUUACACGAAAUGGUGAGUUUUUGGGGAUUGCCACAGAGUGUUCCUUUCAAACGAUGCGGCCCCUCGUUGCGGCUCAAGCCUCGGCUAGCCUUGUCAAGCUUGUUGUCAAUUUUGGGAGCUACAGCCCUUUUCGGUUUGAUCUGGCAACCCUGCACGGCUCCUGUCGAGCACGCCUCAACACAAAUCCGAUGCUUGCUGACAGCGCGUUUGUGACGGCGCACUACUUGGUGACGCUCUGCUACAAGAAUUUACUACACCAUGAACAGAAUGAAUCCACCAUAAAUGAGGAUUCUGUCUGUGCGUUACUGGAGGAGGCAGCCAUCUUUCUCCGUGAGGUGGUCGUGGAGUUGGUGCGUCGGCUGCGAGCUAUCUCCGCAAUGAAUACGACAUCCCCCACCGCAGGCUCGCGGUGCGUUCGGGACGGAAAUUUGCUAUUAGCGCGGCUUUUUGUUACGGUAAACGUUGUUAUUGAUUGCUUUCGGUUUAAUGCCGUGACAAGCACAACCCACUUGGAGGUCCUGCGGCUUUGUUCUUUUACUUUAAUUGAUGCACAUGAUCGCUGGGCCAAGGUUCGCGCCGCGCGGUGUUUGCGAAAUGCAGCUCGAACACUUCGACAAGAUUACUUUGGAGAGGCGGUCCAGGCCCUGCGACGGUUUAUGACACAGGAGGCCAUUGUGAAUUCCCUGGUCGACCUCGCGCGGACGAAACUGUUUCUAGAGCAUGAGACACCGGCUUUUGUGCCUCGGUGGCUUGGUGGGGCUACCACUGUGAUGGGGAAGGGAGCUUUCUAUGGUGCCUCACCUAUGCCAUCCCGUGGCAGGCACAUGAUUGGGUUUCGCAUCCGCCGACGCCAGCAGGAAGGUCGAGGAGUGGGUGCCCCGUUGGGUGGUUGCUAUUACGUGGGCCUCACACAUGGACAGCCGCCCGUAUCGAACAUGACAAGCCUCAUCAGCAGAGAUGAUGUCUACGUCUUGCAAGACACAGAUGACCAGGAUCAGGUGCCACAGCUGCUAUUACGUCGUCAUUGUAUUCCGCGAAAUAGUCAACGCCGAAUAUACGGAAAUGAUGAGAUUGUCUGGUUGGAGCUCAACGCCGACGCGGGGGAGAUUACGUAUUAUCGGGACAAGAUGAUUCCUAUUGGUUUGGCGUUUGCCAACAUUUCAUGUGUGGAUAACCUAUAUCCCUUUGUUUUUCAUUUCAAUGAGGACGCCGUUUGUGAAUUGAUUCAGGCUACUGUUCCAAUUGAGGAUUCCCGUGAGUUAUUUUUGAGUGGCCUACGCCGCAGUGUGGCGAUUCAUACCUUGCAGCAGCUGCAUGUUGUUCCAUACUUUGGAGACGCGGUUUCCCAGUGGAUCCACCGGUUUUUGUCGCGAGCACACCAAGACCUUGACAACUGCCUCCUCGCCUUGGCGGUAUUGGGAGGUGAGAAGAGCUGUGAAUUUUGUCUGCAUGAGACACAUGGGGCCGUUGUGGUGGACUCUAUUUUUGAUCUCGCCUCAAAGGCUAUUGUGCACCUCGAAGCCGAUGGGGACAUGCGGGUCUUUGCCACAGAGCUCUCUGAGCUCAAGUCUUCCUUUGUGAAGCCACUUCUCUUUUCCCUUUCUGAGCCCGACAGCCUACGGUGCUGUGGUUGGCUUUUCGCGGAGCUCUCUCGGAGCCUGUUCGAGGCCUCUGCGAUUGCACCGUUGAUGAGGUGUGAGGAAGAAAAACGUGGGGCCAUUGAGACCCACUACCGUGAACUGGCCCUUGAAACCAUGAACCUGGUCUUUUUGAGAGGUCUUAACCUUCUUCAAGAAAACAUGAGUGCAACAGCGGCAGCUGCAGCUUCCACAGACAUGCCUUUGUCACUGCUUCAAUCGACGUCGCGUUCAUUCAUGAUGGUGAACGGCUUCCAACCUGCAUCACGGACGCCGGUAACGAUCGAUCAACGCCUGUCGACAAAUUCUCUGUAUACUCCUAAUCCCUCAAUUGCGGUAACUUCUGGGAGCGGGUACUCUGUGGUGAGAGGGAAUGUGCUCUUUGAGAACGCCUUUACCUUUGCCGUGAGCAUUACGACGAAGUCAAGUAGCGACAUUAUGUUGUACGUGGGAGUUUCCUCCGAGACGGAGCUUUUCACAGACCCCAAAAAGGUGGUUCAUUGCAAGAAAACCUGGGCAUUGUGCAGCCACGACGCUGAGGAAUCCAACAGUGUCAAUUGCGCUGUGGAACCUGGCAUGAUAUUUAGUUCUGGUCAUAUUUUGUUUGGUUCGGGCGAUCUUAUUAUUGUUCAGGUUGAUCGCCGCGAGGGCACGGCAUCAUUUUCACGCAUCCGAAGUGGGAAGUGCGUGGAUUUCGGCGUUUUGUUUGAGAGAAUCCCUCUUGCGGAGAAGUUACGACCGUUCGUUUUGGCCGGUGCAGACACCGUUGUGGUAUUCUCCUUUUUGAAUUCUCGGGUCUUUCCUGCGAGGAGUAUUUUUCCUCUUGGUGCGAUUGCCGCCUGGGAAAGCCGCCCCUCGUGGGUGCAUUGCAGCGCCUGUGAGGCAGGACUGUCGAAGUUUUGGUACGAAAGCGAGGGAGGCAUAUAUUUGUGCCAACAAUGCUUCAACAGCUGGCAGUUUCCCAAGGUCAUGUUUCACCUCUUUCAGGUGGAAAAUCCGCUUCCGGACUACAUGGUGUCGAGACACUGCCCGAAGGAGUUGAUUUGUGGCGACGUCGUUGAAUUUGUGGAGAGCAACGUACUUACGUGGGCGGGCGAUAAAGGCGUCAAUAUAAAGGUUGAAGGGGCCGCCUGCUUGGCAACGAAUGACUCGGCCUUUGCCACGCUGGGCCCUCUCAAUUCGUUUAGUAACCAACGUGUUGAUAUUUCGCUGGGCCACGUUGCGGGUGUGGAGGGCUUCCCAUUUGGCGGGCUGCAGCCCUUUAGUGUGCAGUGGCGCGUCGGGAAUAUCUUGAAGUCGAGCUGUCGUGUGGAGAGCGAUAUGCUUCUGGUAAGCUCAACCGUGAUUCCGCAUGGCACACGCGUUGUACUGGAGUUAACGUUUGCUGCUGGCGAGGGAGCUCGCUCGUUUAACACGGCGGGUUUAUUUAUGGGGGUAACAAAACUCGCACGUGAUUGUCGCCUCAUCAACACGGCUGAACUUGAUCGCUGCAUUGCAGAACACAGUGUAUGGGGCAUAUGGUGUGAUACCAAGACCAAAGUUUCCUCCUCAAUCACGUUGUACCUUCUUGUGGAUACCAGCAGAGUGGCCGUGUUGGUGAGUUCCUCCCUUUUGGGUCUACAGCUGCACCCUGUCGUCGUCUCAUGUACGGGUCUUGCUGAGGAGGAAACGAGUCUCCGCGUUGUGGUUUACUCUCGUGACGCCUGUGUCGUCACGGCUCGUAGUGGAUUUUUGUCUGCCAACAACAGUGUUGUGGAAGCGAGUCUUUCGCCUGUGGCGGUUGGUUUCCUUCGCGAGGGUGCGAUUGGACCCGCGACGGAUGUCAUGCGUUCCUCAUGCUUCAUCUUUGACAGUGUUGCCCACACGCUGGCACACUCUGCCGCAUCGUGGCAACUCUCGCCACUUGCGACGGAAGAGGGCUCGGGGAUACUGUUUGCCAUUGGCGACACCCUCACGAUAACCCGCGAGGAAAAGGUGGUGGCUGUUUACCGAAACGGAUUGUUGCUGGCGACCCGCAAGUUGACGGAGCACGACAAUUCCAAAAAUGAACAACUUUUGAUUUACUUUUCGACACGUGGGACGUUUGCGACGCUUGUCCCGCCGCUUUACGGGAAGUCGCACCUGGGCAGAGUUGUGCGAACCUACGGCGACGAUGUUGGCAUCGUGGAGUGCUUGUGUCCGUGCCCAGGAAAGCGAAGGUACGCUGUGCGGGCUAAGGAUGUUCGCUUCUGUGCUCUUGCCGCGGACUCCGCCCGGCUGAAGCUUGACUCUCGGGUGGCGUUUAAAGCCGGGAGCCUUAGUGUGCCAAGGCGCGGCACAGUGAUGUCGAUUGAAAAUAACUCGGUCAAUGUACGCGACGAGGAAGAGAAACGUAUUUGGUUUUCACUGCAGUUGUCCUCUUUAUAUAUUGUGGACAAUGAGGGGCCCCACCAAGUCCUUCAAGGCUUGUAUGCACUCCCUACGCUACCGACAAGCACAGUUACGCGUGUGUUUGAGGUGGGCAAAACAAAGUACCGACCCCAACGCAAUGGCUCCUACAAUGGAAUUAUGUUUGACCUCCUGGCACACGACACGAUAGUGCUGACGGGGCUGUCUGUCAUGACGCAUACAACCGGACGAAAUCGGGUGGAGGUGUUUUUUAAGAAGGGAUCGCAUCAUAUGCAUGAGCGUGACGCAACCGCCUGGACCAAAGUGUUUUCCAACUUUGUCGAGAUGCACUCGGAGCGUCAGUUUGCCGUUAAAUUUAGUGGCAUACACGUCGAAGCGAAUACAACCUUUGCCCUUUACAUUAAUGCCACCCACAAUUGUGGCGUUGGGCACUACACCAAAGAAGAUGGCUGUUCCGGGACUAUUUCCAGUAAAAUGGACUCGGAUGGCAUCCUUACAGUUUUUGUCGGACGCACAAGUGAAAGCAGCUCACCCUUUUUGGAAACCGUUCCCACCCCACGAGGCUUUUGUGGCUCCAUCAUGUACAUGCAGAACAAGGAUACGAGGCCACCGCUCAUUGAAAGAGUCCCAACAUAUUUGGAAACUCUACAGAACAAAAAUGAGGGCUACGAUGAUGUUCUUUUUCUGCAAAGUCUUCCCGUUUCAACACGCGUGGUUGCAAACGUGGAAUUUGUCAUGGAAGUCUUUGAGGCUCCCAUUCUGGUUCGGAAAGUUGUCUUUCCAAUUCUCACUGGUGCGGGCGUCAGGCAAGCUAGGGGCCCGACACAGCUCUUCUUGUCACUGUUUUAUUCCCCGUUGGAGGAGCUUGCUGUUGCAGAGGACACGGAGCGGAAAUGGGUGUGGGUGUACAACGCCAUGUUGCCUCUUCGAAACGAUAUGUGUGAACUCUGCAUGGACGGCCUCGCUCUUUUGCUGAAGCGAGGCCGAUAUUUAGUGACAGCCACUUGCUCAAAAAUUGAGGGCGCCUUGGAGGGGAGAAAAAGUGCCAGGCUUUCAUGUUUUUUAGCCUCCUGCGACGCGAGUUAUACGGUAAAAAACAACUUUUAUGCUGCUCAGGGGUUUGUGGGUGACAUUGUUGCCACCAUCACAAGUAAUGUCAUCAAAUGCAAUGAAGUUUGCUCUAUUUUUACUGGUGGACGCCUGAACCAAAACAAUUCCGCAUCAUAUAAUGGAAUUAUGUUUGAUAUCCGCAGCAGGCGGGAUAUUUUGCUGGAGGAAGUCUUUUGCGUCGCCCAGACAACGACAGACAACGUGAAUGUGAAGGUCUUUUGGAAGGAGGGAAGUUUGGAAGGCGCGGAGAAGAUCGCUUCCCAAUGGCAGGAAGCCGUCUCUAAGGACCUUCACCUCUCCGAUAAGCAGUUCUUUUCCCCUGGUCCGCUCAACUUGCACCUUCGGGCGGGUCAGGUGUACGCAGUUUACAUCAAUACCACCUCAAGCUGCGGCGUGCGUUUUUACAACAGCAGUGAUGGUCAUUUGGGGGACGUUGGAGACGAAUUUGAGGAUGAUGGGAUGCUAACAAUUUUUGUGGGCAAAAAAAGUGAAUCGCCGUUACCGUUUGCUGAAAUUCCAGCUGAGCCUCGGGCGCUCCGGGGGCGUAUCAUUUAUCGGACUUUUAUUCAAAAGGCUUCCUUGGCGCGAAACCAUGCUGUCUUCCCUGCAUUGAGGGGCUUGGUGGUGACGCGCAUCUUGGCGGCAUUGAUUGCGUACGUUGGUGGCUCCUCCGCCGCCUCCACCCUGUUUGAGGACAAAAAUGUCAUUGACGUCCUUGCAAAACUUGCCACGGCGAAUACGACGGCUUUUUGCGACGCGGAGGCGGCAGGAAAUCUGCUAAGUAGCACUAUGAGGGGAAACCUUGCUGAUGAAUUGCGUGACGGCACGGUUACCCUACCACUCUUUACGCAGGACACCGCACGCUUCAGCUCCUUUGGUAAAGGGGACCUCGCCCUGGUGGCGAGUGGUACGGAAGCCGACCUCUCAGGACAGCUGGUUCGUCUUGCUGGGGACCCGAGUGAUAAUUGGCAUGUGUUGGCGAGGUGUGAGGCAACCCUCAACCAACACCGGACACUUCCUGUGGAUCAUUUACUCCCUAUCAUUAUUUGCCCAGAUUGCAACCAGCCCUUUGCGACGCAGGAGGUUUGCCAGAAAACUGGAAAAAGGCAUAUGCCAUUAUUGCGUGAGGAGGAGCAACUUAUGAGUGUCUUCGCAAGGUACCUAGUUCAACGGGGGCAUUUGAGUGCAGAGGCCAGUGCGGCAUGUGCGAAAUCUCUAGUGCUUGAUCCCAUGUCUCGUAGGUGUCGUAUGAAUUUACAAAUUCCUGCCACGCAAAUGGGCGGCGGUGUUGCAGUGGCCUGUGAUGGUUGGGCCGUGGAGUACACGAUAUCUCCCGAUCUUCUACUUGGGGGAAAGGAGGACAUAAAAUCACUGGGAUUUGUUUGUCCUUUUACCUAUCACGAAGUUAUGGGGGCGUUUGUGUCUGUUUCCUUUACACGCGUUGCGGAUGCGUGGGAGAUUAUUUUUCUUUCGGAUCUUCCAUUUCGUCUUGGCGUCGAUGCCGCGGUGAAACUUUUCGCUCUUUCGCUGGAGGUCAUUCUUCGAGAUGGCACGCGACAGGAUUUGUUGUCGGCGUCCCAGGUGUACUACGCGGUUAAAGGGGGACCCAUUCAUCAAGAACUACCCACGUUGGCUUCCUCUUUACACUACUCGUGCAUUUCCGGCGAUGGCUGCAUUCAUUUCUAUUUGAGUGUGAAGGAGGUGAAAUUUCCCACUUCAUCGCCCUUGGCCCUCGCCUCGGUGCAGAGGUGGACGUGGGAGAGUGGCCGUGACACGGCUCAGCUGCAACCAGGCAAAAAUUGCGUCUUGCAAGGCCCUUUUGAUUUCGCGAAUUGGCCAGCGGGGCGACCUCGAUUCUGGCAGUUUUCAGUGGCCUCUGACACAAACGAGAAGGUCUUUUUCCUCGAGGUGCAUGUCCUUGUACCAAAGCCGUUUACCACAGUCUUCUUGGACAAAAUCAGAAAUCAUACUAUUCGCUGCAGUUUUAGCCUUUCACGAAAUGAGGUGCUAAACCUUGCGCUCACUGUGGACGGUGAUUUUUUGAUUUACGACGAGGAUGACAACAUACGCUGCCAUGUUGCCGCGGAGGAUCUUCAGUUGGACUCUCCAAGGGGCUUAUCACCAAGGAUAGCUGUCGUGAAUGUGGGGUCGGAUGCAGUGACGGUGCAUCUUCAUGCCCCGAUUGUUGUGAAGCGUGCUAGACCCGUCAACUGCUUCAGCGAUGACGCAACAGAUCCCGGCUUUUACGUACCCAAGUGGGUUUCCUACGAACCGCUAAAUGUGAAUAUUUCGCGAAAUGGUCUCACGGCCAGAUGCUGUAAUGAAGGCGGCCAAGCCGUUAUUGGAUCGCCUCUUCCUAUGACAGGGUUGUCUGCAUUUGUCAUCCAAAUGGAUCGUUCCGAUCGUGCACGUGGGGACUCACUGGGGUCUGGACACUUUGCGGGUAUUGUGGUGUCGACCUUUCACCAACUGACGCCCCACUUUGGGGCCAUGUGCAAAGAAGUUGACAGUGUGUGGGCCGUGCAAGAUGUGUAUGAUGCAGACUCGUUACCAACACAGGAACCUAUCCCUCCUCUUGGGAACUCUAGCAAUCAGAUGUUUUUGGUUGGAACAAAUUUACACUUUCUUUUGGACCGGGAAAAUGGGACCCUUUCGUUGGCACGAGACAAUGAAUCGCCACGAGUCAUCUUUCGCAACAUACCUUCCAAUUUGCCAGUGUCGCCCUUUGUUCGCCUGGAUCACGCCGCGGCAUCGGCGACCAUCGCAGCCUUUUCCUGCACAGCAUGGGGCAGCGGAGGAAUCUUAACUUCACCGUCUAUGAUACUAAGCUCCCAGCCCAUCACGCCCACGAUUCUUCGUCGACUUCCGUACCAUGUGGUGUUUUCUAUGUUUUCCGUGUUUCGUCACGUUGUUGGAAUUCUCCCAUCUAGGCAGGUAUCGCUUCUCGAGGAAGCCUGGAGUGAUCGCUUUAACUGUUCCCGCUUUGCUUAUCGAUUAACACGUGCGGUGCAAGUACUUGUGGAGGUGGGUGCCUUCUCAAGGCGCAUGGCUCGCGCAGCAGAAGAGGCGGCGGAAAGAUUUUGCCUUACCGAGGAGAUUCAAAGAGUCAUCCAAGGUCUAUCUGCAUCGGAGCAAAGGGCUGUGGUAGUCCACUCCCCUGGAGGGGGUGAGGCGACAGUUGUCAUGCCUUUGCCAGACAGGUACGAGGUCAUUGGGCAUGCGAAGGACGACAGUAUGGUGCACCUCUUGUAUUUUGCCGAGGACGGUCCAAGUGAGCGAACACUUCACCUUCUCCGCUUUGACGACAGUGAGGUGCUUAUCCAUCCCUGUAACCUGGUCACGAGGCAUGCAUGUGUGAUGCACCAAGAGGAAAUUAUUCAACCCCUGGCGGCCUCUUCUUCUUGGUGUGGGAUCAUAACGUCUGGAUGGUACGACUGUACCUUGAAUUCGCUGCCCGUAGACACACUGCAAGAAUAUCAACAGAGGGUUAUUGCAAUGUCACUCCUUAGCGCCUUGGAACACUGGCACUUGCACAACCUGCCUCACGGGCACGUGAGUCCCAAGAACGUGUACCUUCGCAUAGUUGGGGAGAGCGUGGUUGCCUGCACCCUGUGGAACGUUCAUGUUUUGCUUUGCCAGGACCCUUCUGCCUCUCCUGGGCUACGAAUUCAUGGAAGACGGAAUAUGGAAAGUGACAGGUGGAGUUGCGCUCAUAUUCUUACUAGGCUUUCGUGUCUAUUGAAGGCAGGUUCCAAAUUUAGUAACGUCGUGAAGCUGCUGCGGAACCAAAAUCUGAAUUUUUCAGAGGUGCUUGACCAAGCAGGAGUUUUUGCGGAAGAGUUGAAGCGGUCCGUGGAGGGGCAGGUGCUUUGCCUUCGCACCGGCGACCACCUUGGCGCAGGGGCGGGGUCAUAUAAUGGUAUCAUGUUCGACGUCGUCGCCAAGCACGUCAAGGUAAGGGUGACUAAAUUGAGUUUUGUUCCCGACACGACGGUCUUGGCUCGAGUGACACUGUUCGUUCACGACGGAACCUUUAUGGGUGUGGAAAGCGAAAGAACGGAGUGGCGGCUAGUUCUAGAUCAAGAGAUAAAGCUUAUUGACAAGCGAGAGACGGAGUUGACAGACUUUGACCCCAUUCCUAUUCCAGCCGGAGAACGUGUAGCCUUCUUUCUUCACACGACAAGUGGUAAUGGCGUUCUUUUUUACUCUGAGACGGACGGUGUGAGGGCGAAUAUGGCAGCUGUGGAGGAAGAGAAUGAUCACAUAGGUAUUACGGUUGGGAAGAAAUCGGAGAAUGUGGUGCCUUUUAUGGGCAUUCAGAAUCAGAAACGAUUACUGCGAGGCAGUAUUACGUACGUGCUACCCUCGCACGCCGGGGGAUACAGGAGUCGACUGAUGACGGGCUCCUGCGAGAGCCCAACACUUUUGCAGGAGGAGCAGGACCGGCAUCCGUUUGGGACUCCUGUGAUUGUGACUGUAUCUCGCCCCGCUUUGGUACUUGACGUGGAUGGAGAUGAGUAUCUUGUCUUCACGGGGGAAAAUUGUGAAUGGCUGCACAAGCAUCUCCUCAGGAGGGCCAGCUUUACAGAAUCCUCUGAGUUGGUAUCAUUAGAUGUGGCUCUUCGCCAAAUUCUCUGCAAGAGGCGAAUACCUCCAUGGGCGAUGCCGCAUCAGUACUCUUGCAAUCAACCAAUUGUCUUUCAUGAACGAACGCAGUCGGCCGCGGACAGUGAAGCCUUCCGCUCGACGGUUGCAUGGUGGGUCUCCGACCCCAUCACGGCCUCCUGCUUCGUCUCGGUGUGGCAAGCUGUUGCACUGACAGAGGCCUCCUUGCGCCUAAUGACGUCAUCGGAGGUAACUUCUUUGCCCUCAGCCGCCGCCACUGAAAGUCUCUUGAAUCACGGGCAGGCCUUUUUGCACAUUGACGAAUGGGCACGAAGCGUGAGGUCGUCGGACAACACACCCAACGUGGUGAGACGGUUGACGAGGAGUCUUGCCGAAGAGCAUCUCUAUUUGGUGUUUGGCCCCACGCGCCCAGGCGCCGCGAAUGCUCCGCUGGCGGCUUUUCUGACUCGUCGCACCGACGAUAUAACUGUCCACCCCGCAACCGCCACGACCGCCCUCGUCUCUGUUCGUGCGGGCGCGCGCUUCCAGAAGUAUUUUCUCUUCAAUGGCGCGUUGCUGGGAUGUUCUGCCGAGGAGGGGAAAACAGCGGUGUUUUCGAAAGCAGCUUCCGUGACGUCUCAGCGAGGCAUCCGUGUGACCCAACUGCCCUUGUUGGAUCCACCGAGGCAAACCUCGGAGGAUGGGACGACGACGACGCCAGCAGCGAUGACGGAGCAGCGGCAGCCCUUCGCACAUUUUUUUAUGGAGGUGGAAUCGUGGGAGAAUUGGAGCAGCCAAUGUGUCACACUGCAUACUCAGUCUGCGUCCCUGGAGGUGUUUAAUCGGUGCGUUCGGCAAACUGCACAUGGUGGGCCCUAUAAUUGCACCGUGACCAAACCGAUUUUCGGGGGAGAAAGAAUCCACGAAAUUGAACUGCGUAUCGUGAGUUCAAGUCGUCACUCGGUUCAACUAACAUUUCAGCAUUCACUCACGAAUUGGUCUCUUCCAAUCCCGCUGCCGCUGUUUGCGCAGUAUGAGGAUUGCUACCUCGCCUCUGCUUCUUCUUCAGGGGGUGUUCAAUGUGUGCAUCUUUUCUUGCGCGUCUUUCCACAGGCAAAAAGGGCCUUUGCGUCGGUGAAUGGUGGAAUGAUUUAUGAAGUCAUUCCCGACGCGGAUUGCCCCUCGGAGUUUCAACUGGCCAUUUCUCUAUCCGGCCUCGCCGCCUCGGUGCAGGUCCUGCAUUGGCGCGUGUUUGAGAAAGUUGCUCCAAUCAUCUCACGGGAUGUGCUGGAGACGAUAUGGAGCCGCUUGGGCGUGGGAUGCAUCUCCCCAAACGUGUCUCACUUCGUAGGAGUUUUGACGCGGCAUUCACGAGCAACUGUAAAUUCGAUCGCCUCGCGUAAGGCAGACAUGGGGAUUGUCUCUCAGAUAGAGGCUACUAUGGUGUCGUAUGCUCGGCAGCUGUUUGCAACAGUCAUUUUGAGGUUCAAAGCGUCGAGUUUAAGCAAGCAACUGCAGGUAUUGCUCCCAUUUACCCCGUUGCGUGGGGACUUGGUUGCCUUGGAGGCGCUUGUUGCGACGGAGAUGCGGAGGUCGUCCUUCUUUUUGCUUGCGUCUGCGUGUGCCUGCCUUGCAACCCCAACGGUGGCGCAGAAAGUCGAAAAGGUGGAGACGAGUGUCAAUCUUAUAUUUGUUUCCCUAACCAAUGAAACCGUUCUCCCAUUUCUUUCCACCGCAUUUGGACCAACGUUGACGCUCUUGCUGCUUCGCACCGCCACGGUUUACACUCGAUCAAUCAGGCAUAUGGCGCUUCGUGGCGUUCUUCAGUUACUCAAGACAGACCCAUGCGCUUUGCCUCCGCAUGGGGUCCUCUCUGCAUCCUUUGAUCCUCUCCUGCGCAUGAUGAACGGUUUGUGCUGGAAAGGGAGAACGUCAUCGGUUGUGGUGCAACUUGGUAUUUCACUCAUCUGCGAGCUGAUACGACGGUAUCGAUUGGAACGUCCGACACUAACACCGCCAGGAAAGAAGUCGGCUGUCCCCUACGCGGUGGCUAUUUCUACGAAAAUUGCGCUUGAUUCCAUUACAAGCAAUCCACCCGUUCCCUUACCCUACGCCUUCACAGAGGACACUAAUGAAGCGCAUCGCAUUGAGUAUGAAUUGCGUGCAGGAACCACCUCUAAUGAGGGGGUUAGAUCUUGUUAUGGGGUGUUUUCCGAGACAUUUCGGCCCACCUUUGGAGCAAAGCGCUUUGAAGUGGUGUUAAACUCUGCACGGAAAGGGAACGUGGUAGUUGGAUGGGAAAUGGAGGCGGGAUUACCUGGAUCUCGUGCCUUCAAGCCAGCCCAGACAGAAGAGGCGUCGAGAAGAACUCAGUUACCUUCUUGUGGCUAUUCUGUUGAUCCUAGCGGCAAAGUUUAUGUUUGUCUCAGUCGCAAAAGAGAGUCUCAGCCCCUGAAGGCCCGGGCAAAAGUGGGAGACGUGCUGAUUGUGAAAUGUCUGUACCAUGAACAGGCCGUUAUUAUAACGCUUCGGCGCGGUGUACGCAAUGAAAGUGUCACCCGCUUUGAGACGUAUCCCAAUGAAACGCUGGCGCUUCCGGUGUUUUUUGCGGACCGCGAGGAGGAUGCGACCUUCAACGGCGAGCACCUCGCUGACGUUUCCACAGGCAUGGACGUUGCCCAGCUCUACAAUAGACUACAAGAAUUUCCAGGUCGCCUCGAUACGGGGGUUAUUCCUCAGUCGUAUGAUUUUUAUGCGGAGUUGGCUCUGUUUUGUCAAACAGUCGUGAGUUCAGAAAAACUUUCUGCUUCUCUUCAAAAUGACGCCGUUGUUACAGUUCAUGCACACGAUUUGGCAGGGUUUCCAUACUUGUCGGAGUUUCUUGGCGUUGGCGCCUUUAGCAAUGACAUCCCAUUGGACUCCUUGGUUCCAUAUGUGAAGCGGCUCCAAAUUUUUGAUGUACUGACCUCAGUCUUUUCUGUUGUGGUGGAUCUCAGGCGAAGGACGGAGUUGUUUGAGUUAUGGCGAAAACUUAAAUUUCUCUGUUCCGCGGAGUCUUCUGAGAAAAUUCAGAACGAGACGAUGCGACCGUUCCGAAAUCGUUCCGGGCAUAAGGCGAGUGUGAUUGUUCAUACAAUGCAGGCCUCUCCCUUGAUGCGACUGGGACCGUACCCAACGCUCAUGCGUUCCAUCUUUGGUCAAUUGUUUGUGCAGCUUCAGAAGAGUCCCAUUUCCACCUUUUAUGCGUCCCCUAUGUUUACGGUGAAGCUUGCAGGAUUUGGUUCUACAGAUGCCGGUGGGCCCUACCGUGACAUUCUUUCUCAGUUAGCCACUGAAAUUAUGACGACGCACCCGAAUGGGGCGUUUCAGUUAAAUCCGCUCUUUGCGCAAUGCGGUCGUGGAGGGCAAUCUGCAGUGAUGCCCAAUGUCUCGAUGGCCCUCAACUCACAGUCGUCGCUUAUGUUUGAGUUUUUUGGAAAACUGCUCGCAUCGUGUUUCCUGACAAAAGACCUUUUAGCCGUGAAGUUUCCACCGCUGUUUUGGAAGCGUUUACUCGCUGAGGAAACCACAUGCCAGGACCUCAUUGCCAUCGACCUUGACAUCAUGCGCCAACUGACCCCAGAGCAACUUAUGGACCUCACCGCGGAAGAACUCGAGGAUCGAUUUCCAGGCAUUUUGGAAAGCUGGUCUUUAUUUGUGGCGGAGAAUGCGCAACUGGGCCUGGGGGCGGAGCUCCCACCUUCGACGCUUUGCUCGGCAAGGGCUCUCGGUGAACAUAUCUCGUCGCUUGAGCUUCACAAGUACGACACUGCAGUGAGCUACAUCCAGCGUGGCUUUGACGAGGUGGUUCCGUUGUACACGCUUAACGCGUUUCGUUGGCAACAGGUUGAGCUGAUGAUAUGUGGGACCCCAAAACUCUCCUACGACGCACUACUUGGGGUUUGCCAAGUGACUCUGCCCCCCACGGAUGCACAGAUGUUCUUGGAUGUUCUCGCCUCCAUGACGGAUGAAGAUCGAAUGCUGCUCUUGCGCUUCACCACCGGCCAAACACGGCUGCCACUGAGGGAGGCCAUCAAGGUUCAACGGAGUGGAACGCAUGACUCCCUCCCGACCAGCAGCACCUGCUUUUUCACGCUUCGCUUGCCCUCGUACACUUCUUACGAUGCCAUGCGUGAGAAGCUGCUCUACGCUAUUCGCCAGUGUAAAGCGAUUGAUACAGAUGGGCAGGCACGGGAACAUAUCAUUCUCGACAAUUGA